GAAUGUCUUCUCUUAGAGAGGCAGUACCGCAGUACUUAAACAAAGAGGUCGUAGCGUAUUCUCGGAAGAUUUUCUUCUUCGUAACAAUUGUUUUGACUUAGGUCGCCUUCUGUACAUCUCCGAAACUAUUUCCAAGUGCUAAGCGAAUUUUUAGAGCUCCUAGUUAUUUGCAUAAAAGCCAUAGUUCAUUCUCCUCCGUAUGCAGGCGGACAUGGUUCGCGCGGUUGUCGGUGGUGUUCGGGCUGGCAUUCGUUAUCGCAGUAGUUCAGGAUUUGGUAUUCCUAAACUGGGCCCGCCGGAGGUAAAAUUUGUGCCUGUUGACUAUAAAGUAACGCACAUACUUCGCAAAAAUGAACUUCUUCUCGACCUAAAUGGGGGUCCAGUGAACCAACUGGCUCUUAAUCAACUUCCCUCUAACAAUCCCAUCGAGGACAGAUUAAUAGUUGCCCAAAAUAAAUUGACUACCGGGGCUACCUUUGGAGUUUUUGAUGGUCAUGGCGGUUCACGGAUGGCGCAAGUGGUGUCGCAGCGGGCUCCCCACUAUUUUGCAUUAUCAGUCCUUCCAUCACAGCUUCUCGAAGACUAUGUCAAUUCAAAAAACCGACCGCAGCUAGUCAAAAGGAUCUUUAGCAUUGAUGAGCUAAAUGAUUGGCAAUAUAACUGUCACCUGACUAGUUUGAAAAGGUUUGCAGAAGAGAUUCUCAAUUCAACGGAGCAUUUGACUACUUCGGAGCUUUUGUGCAAAUCCUUUGAAUUUCUGGAUUCAGAGAUUUCCUGCGAAAUUCAAGAAAAAAGAGACGAGGAGGCUUUAACGUUAGCAGUUCAAGGUUGUGUUGCGACAGUAGCUCACAUAACAGAUCAGCACCUUUAUGUUAUAUCAACGGGGGACUGCCGUGCAGUGCUUGGUAUGUGUGACGAUACUGGACGAUGGAGCGCUCGUGCGCUAAACAAAGAACAUAAUUGCGAUAACGUCGAAGAACUUCAACGAAUCAUCGGAGAGCAUCCAACUGGGGAGAAAAAUACUAUUAUUAGAAACGAACGUCUAUUGGGCAAUCUGGCACCUCUGCGUGCUUUCGGUGAUUUCCACUUCAAAUGGAGCCGAGAUGAACUAAAUAAAUUCUUGGUGCCUCUCUACGGAGACCGAGUUAUUCCUCAUCAUUACCUAACGCCACCAUACCUCACGGCUAGGCCGGAGGUAUCGCAUCACAUUCUUACGCCCAGAGAUAAAUUCCUCGUCAUCGCAACCGACGGUCUGUGGGAAAUGCUCGGAACGCAAAAGGUGGUACAAUUUAUCGGUCAAUUUAUGCAGGGUAUCGAGACAGCAAACCUUCUUCGGACGCCCGAAAAUGCCACGCUGGGAUCAAUGCAGAGGCUUCUGUCGAAACGAAAAAUGGAUCUCAGCCAGAAGCCAGUUGACACAAACGCUGCGACCCAUCUGAUUCGUCACGCGCUAGGAAGAAGCGAAUACGGUUUAGAUCAUUCACGGCUAGCUGCGUAUCUUGGACUUCCAGUUAAACUCGCCAGAAGCUACCGCGACGACAUAUCCAUCCUUGUGAUCUUUUUCAACCCUCAAAAUUUAAAGGGUAGCUAAAGUACUGCGUUGCUACUUACUAGCUCCACUUCUCAUCGGAUCGUUAAGACCGAAUCAAAAAUUGGCAAACACGUCCUUUGAGCAAGGAAAGAAUACCGUGUUAAUGGUGUGCGCACAUUUUGGUUGAUUUGACGGAUUUGAAUCAAUCAUCCAUUAUGAAAACCGUGUCAAAAUUGCAGACAUCGAUUUACACUGGAGAUACCCUUAUGUGUUCUAUUUCAGAGUCGCUCAAGAUUUGCAUGACACUCAAUUUUGUUACUUAAAAACUCCAUGAUUUAUAAAUUAAUGCCUACAUGUGCUAAAUCUUCUUCUGUAAAUAUUGAUUGUACAAUCUAUACGAAUAGCUUUUAAAGCAAAGCAGUAAAUUACGUCUACGCGCUUCAAACAUGAAUACAUGAGUUUUUUCUAAUUAUAUAUAUACACUAAUAAUUUUUUUUGUUAGCAUAUAUAUGAGAAUGCACCUAGUCAAGCCAAAUGUUAUUUGUUUCUCAGCCGUCGAUAUUAUUUGUCAUUGAGCUAAUUUAUCAUAAAGCUAGAAAAAUAAAACCUCAGCACUAUGCCAUGUACCAUUAA